AUGACACAAUUAACAACAUCAUUGAGCACCUUGUUUGUGGUGAUUUUGAUGUUGUUGUUAGUACUACUAAUACACCCAUCAUGGUCUUUAAAGGAGCAAGAGCAAGAGCAAGAGGCAAUGGUUGAGAGUGUGGUGGUGGGUGAACAACCAAUACUUGAAAAGAAAGAUCGCUCAACAUCAACGAUGACGACAACCCCUUUAUUAUCGUUCGACUUGGUAUCUUCUUCAAACCGUCAACACCUCAUUGAAAAGUAUGGUGAGACAAAGUCAAAGUCAUUUGUCGAGAUCUCCAUUGGUUCUCAUAUCGAAGGCACAUCUUCAUUUGGUGUAAACACUCCCAAUGGUCAAACUCAUGGUUUGAAAAUGACUAAAAAGAAAAAGAAGAAACAACAACAACAACAACAACCUUUAUCGUCUGAAGACAAGCCCAAGGUACUACCAAAUGAAGAAGAAACAGUUUCUUCAACUGACUCAACAACCUCAACACCAAUUACAACUCUUGAAGAGUUGGAAGCAAAGAGAUGGAAAACAAGACAACUACUAAAUGAAGUAUUUAUUGAAAGAGGAUUCAAUCAAUAUACUCCAAAUAAUCCAUCGAUUGAUUUUACAAAUACUGAAAAGGAAAUUGAUUUAGUAUGGUUAAGAGUCCCACUUCCUACGGUAGAGUAUAAUGAUUUCCCAGAGAAACUAUAUUCAAAGAUUCAACCACCCAAUCAACAAAUUAAUAGGUAUCCAGGUAUGGCUCAAGAGUUGAAUGCUAAACAUUCAAUUGCAAAGAAUAUUAAAAAUAUGAUUAAUCAAUUUGGUAUCAAUGACUUUAAUUUCCAUCCAACAACAUUUGUAUUACCAGAGGAUUAUGAAUCAUUAAAACAACAACCACAAGAUAACAGUGAUUUAUGGAUUAUGAAACCAAAGUUUGGUGGUCGAGGAACUGGUAUCAAACUAUUCAACAAUACCAAACAUAUUCCAAAUGACGAUGAGUAUGUAGUACAACAAUACAUUCGAAAUCCACUUUUAAUCAAUGGUCAUAAAUUCACUAUUCGAAUGUAUGUCUUGAUUACUUCUCUUGAUCCACUCAUUGUCUAUAUUCAUGAUAAUGGUGUAUUAAAAUUUGCUACUACUCCAUUUAAAUCAGAUAAUCAAACAUUUAAUGAUGAUAAUAUGUCAAUGCAUAUUACAAAUCAAGCAGUGAAUUCAGGUAAAAGUAACUUUGAGUAUAGUACCGAUAUCAAUGUUGACAAUGUUGGAAGUAGAUGGAGUCUACGAGCGUACUGGAAAUACUUGCAAGAGAACCAAUUGUAUGAUCCAAACGUUCUUUGGAAUGAUAUCAAGGAAACAAUGGUCAAAGCACUGUUUAGUGUAGAACUACCUGUAUUAUCAAAAACAAACAAUCUUACAAAAUCUUCAUCUUCUUGUUUCCAACUUCUUGGUGUUGAUAUGGAUUUAUUAGACAAUUAUAAACCAAUGUUUAUUGAAGCCAAUACAAAUCCACAACUCGGAGGAUCAUUAGCACCAUUUGACAAUUACAACAAAUUACUUUUAAUUAGAGAGACGUUUGAUUUACUUGGAUACACUGAAUAUGAUAGUAAAAAGGUUAAAAAGGAAUUAAGAUCAAUCGUUAAAUCAAAAUUACAAUUAGAAACCAAAUCAGAAAUGCAACAUCAAAUGGAUAUUGAUCCAAAUCAUUUUAUUAUCAAACCAAAACCAAAAUCCCAAUUUAAAAAAGAAAUUGAUAUCAUUACUCAAUUUGAAUAUGAAAAAAUGCAUAAAGGAAAUUAUCAAAUCAUUUAUCCAACCAUUGAAAUGAUUGAUCGUCUUUCAAAAUAUCAUCAAAAUUCAAAUAGUGAAUCCAAUAAAAUUCUGUAUGACUAUUAUUUUAGAGAAGAGAUGGGGAGUUUAUCGUAUCAGCCUGACCUUUCAUUAAAUAGAACAAGAAUACCUCUAUUUGAAAACAUUCAAAGUCACAACAAUAAUAUGAUCAAAUUCUUUCUUUAUUUACCAGUUGACAGAGUAGAGACACAGUCGUUAGGGUUUGUUCCUCCAACUUUGGAAAAUCAAAAAGAUGAAUUGGUUGAAUAUCUUAAAAAAGAGGUAUCACCAGAACUACUAAAAGCAAAACCAAAUCCUAGACGUGGUGGUGUUGGUCAACCUCUUCAACCUGUACAAUACAACUCGAACGAGUUUCACAAAGAUUGGGCACAAAUAUUGGCACAUCACUUUAAUAUGGGUCAAGGUUCUAGAAGAGGUAGAAGAGGUGGUGCUGCUGUAAAACCAUCCGAUAGAUACAAUAUAUCAAUGACAAGUUAUGAAACCAAAAUGAGAAUUGUAUAUGAAUUGAUGGUAAAGAAGCGAGAGGAAAUAUCAUUUGGUAUUCUAAGAGUGAUGGAACGUGCAUCGGCUACAGAGAUUGUUGUAACCGAGCAUGAACUAUUGUCACUUGUCAUUACUAGUGUUAGUUCAGGUGGUAGUGGUGGAGAGGAUCAAUUCACAUUCAAUAUGGGCUUGUCAGCAAGAUCUAUCACCACUAAAAAAGUAGUCAUCAAUCUUGAAACUGGACAAUUCACCUCAUUCUCUGCAUGUAGUCUUACCCCUAAAAAGACAGAAGCUACUCGAACCAUUUUAAGUGAAUCCAUUCGUUCUGAAAUGGGUAUUGCAAUGACCGACUUGGUUUCUCCACCCAUUGUCGUUGACAAUCCAAUCAAACCAGCCUUUGCCAUUCAAGUCAAUGCUAAUCCAGUUAUUAUGAAAAAGAUUGUUCUCACGCAAGGUACUAGUCUCACGGAAUUAAAGUCAUUGGUUGCCAAAACAAUCAAUCGUCCCGAAUCAGACAUUCAAGCAAUCUACAGAAAAUUGACUGGUAUGGAAAUUCAAGAUCCAGUUCCAAUUGUCGAUAAUGUAAAAGAUGAAAUAUAUUGUAAAUUUAUUGAUAAUACUUUUAGUUGUUAA